AUGGCCGCUUCGAAGCGGCUUUGGAAAGAGUACAGAGAUAUCGUCAACCCUAGAACAGGACUUCAUCAAGUGAAGGUCGAGGUCGACGAUGACAACAUAUUUUUCUGGAAGGUUGUCCUCAUGGUGAUUGAUCCGGAAUCCAAUUAUUAUGGAGCAUGCUUCAAAGGCCAGUUAAAAUUUCCUGAGAACUACCCAUUUUCUCCUCCAAACUUCAAGUUCACUCCCGCCAUUUAUCAUCCAAAUGUUUACAGCGACGGAAGACUCUGCAUAUCAAUACUUCAUGAGCAUGGAAACGAACAGUCAGAUGAGCCGGAAAAUGAAACGUGGUCGCCUGCACAGUCUGUGGAGUCUGUCUUGCUUUCCAUUUUGUCUCUGUUGGAGGACCCUAAUAUAUCUAGUCCCGCCAACGUUGAUGCUGCCAUAGCGUUUAAGAAGCACAAAGAUGAAUAUAAGAAACGCAUUCACAACGAAGUCAACAGGUCCAAGUUAAAUAUGCCGGACGGAUUUAAAUUGCCUAUUUUGGCUGAUAUCAGGGCACCUCUUGAAGAGGAAGAGACUGUUGAUGAUGAGGAAUGGUGGGACGAGGAUAAUUAUUAUGAUGAUGAAGAUGAGGAAGAAGAGUUGGAAGAAGAGAUGAUUUCAGACAACAAUAACCUCUGA